AUGGAGCGGCUAUUAUCUCCUCCUCGUCUGAUGAUAGUCUCUGAUCUUGAUCAUACUAUGGUUGAUCAUCAUGAUCCUGAGAAUCUCUCUCUGUUGAGAUUCAAUUCCUUAUGGGAAAACGCUUAUCGCCAUGACUCUCUACUUGUGUUCUCAACGGGAAGAUCACCAACCUUGUACAAGGAACUCAGAAAGGAGAAGCCUUUGUUGACUCCUGAUAUCACAAUCAUGUCUGUUGGCACAGAGAUUACGUAUGGUAACUCCAUGGCUCCUGAUCAUGGCUGGGUUGAGACCUUGAACAACAAAUGGGACAUUGGAAUCGUCAAAGAAGAAACCAGCAAAUUCUCCGAGUUAAAGCUUCAGGCAGAAUCUGAGCAGAGGCCACACAAGGUUAGCUUUUACGUUGAUAAGAGUAAGGCUCAGGAUGUGACCAAGGAGCUAUCACAACGGUUGGAGAAACGUGGGUUGGAUGUCAAGAUAAUCUACAGUGGAGGCAUGGAUUUGGAUAUAUUACCACAAGGUGCUGGAAAGGGACAAGCGCUUGCGUAUCUGCUAAAGAAGCUCAAGACUGAAGGAAAACUCCCUGUUAACACUCUUGCUUGUGGUGACUCUGGGAACGACGCUGAGCUCUUUAGCAUCCCUGAUGUUUAUGGCGUCAUGGUAAGCAAUGCUCAAGAAGAGCUGUUGAAAUGGCAUGCUGAGAAUGCAAAAGACAACCCAAAGGUGAUCCAUGCGAAGGAGAGGUGUGCGAGUGGGAUCAUCGAAGCCAUUGGUCAUUUCAAGCUUGGUCCAAACCUUUCUCCAAGAGACGUCUCCGACUUCUUGGAGUGCAAGGCGGAUAAUGUGAACCCCGGUCACGAGGUUGUCAAGUUUUUCUUGUUCUACGAGAGAUGGAGACGUGGUGAGGUUGAGAACUGCGAGGCGUACACAGCGAGCCUCAAAGCUUCAUGUCACCCUGGUGGUGUGUUUGUCCAUCCAUCUGGUGCUGAGAAGCCGCUGAGAGAUACCAUUGAUGAGCUGAGCAAGUACCAUGGAGACAAACAAGGGAAGAAGUUUCGUGUUUGGGCAGAUCAAGUCCUUGCGACAGACACUAAUCCUGGGACAUGGAUAGUGAAGCUUGAUAAAUGGGAGCAGAUUGGGGAUGAACGCUUAUGCUGCACAACGACCGUCAAAUUCACCGCAAAGGAAGGAGAAGGUUUGGUGUGGGAACAUGUACAGCAAACUUGGUCAAAGGACUCAAUGGUGAAGGAUGAUAGCGCCUGGAUCAUCUAA